AUUAAAAAAUCAAGUUCGAGAGGAAAGAUGUCCUUCUCACUUAAUCACUGGUGCUUCAUACUAUUCAUCUUUUUAUGUCAACCAGCCCUGGUCCUCCCCAACACUUCAAAUGACACCAGUCCAACUGGGGAGCCCGAGCCCUUUCUGUACGUUUUAGGACGAAGGAAAAUGAAGGAUGCCGAGUCCAAGUGCUACAAACGCAUGCAACUGCUGCCCCCAUACCAAGGAGAAGGUCUGUUUUGCAACCGCACCUGGGACGGAUGGCUGUGCUGGGACGACACACCGGCUGGGGUGACAUCCCACCAGCACUGCCCCGACUACUUUCCAGACUUUGACCCCAUGGAAAAGGCUUCAAAAUACUGUGAUCAAAACGGAAUUUGGUUUGAAGAUCCUGAGAGGAAUAAGACCUCCACUAACUACAGUAUGUGUAAUGCUUUCAGUGCUGAGAAACUGAAGAACGCUUACAUUCUGUACUACCUGGCUAUCGUGGGCCACUCUGCUUCUCUUUCCACUCUGUCGGUUUCACUGGGAAUUUUCGUGUGCUUCAAGAGCCUCAGCUGCCAGCGGGUGACUAUACACAAGCACAUGUUUCUGACCUACAUCCUGAAUUCCAUCACUGUUCUCAUUCACCUGAUUCAAGUGGUGCCCAAUGAGGAGUUCGUGAGCAUGGAUCCUCUGAGCUGCAAGGUUUUGCACUUUAUCAACCACUACUUGAUGUCCUGCAACUACUUCUGGAUGCUGUGCGAAGGGAUCUACCUGCACACACUCAUCGUGGUGUCCGUGUUCACUGAGAAACAGCACAUGAAGUGGUACUAUCUCCUGGGCUGGGGUUUCCCCAUGGUGCCAACUAUCAUCCAUGCCGUUACCAGGACCCUGUACUUCAAUGACAACUGCUGGCUGAGUGCGGAGACCCACCUGCUGUACAUCAUCCACGGCCCGGUCAUGGUAGCACUGGUGGUCAACUUCUUCUUCCUGCUCAACAUCAUCCGCGUGCUCGUGAAGAAGAUGAAGGAAGCCCAGCAGCCCGACUCCUACAUGUACCUGAAGGCGGUGAAGGCCACUCUGUUCCUGGUGCCCCUGCUGGGAGCCCAGUUCGUCGUGUUUCCCUGGAGGCCCAACAACAAGGUGCUUGCCCAGAUCUACGACUACCUGAUGCACUCUCUGAUUCACUUCCAGGGAUUCUUCGUCGCCGUGAUUUACUGCUUCUACAACAGCAACGUCCAAGCCACCCUGCAGCGCCAGUGGAUCCAAUGCAGCAUCCAAUGCGACCAGCGCUACGGGCGCCGCAACAACGGGCGCCGCAGCAACAGGCGCCCCAACAUCAAUGCCGCCGCCGCAGCCGCUGCAGCUGCUGCCGCCGCUGCCGCUGAGGUCGAGGCUGAGCCCGGCAGUGGUCUCCCCAUUUACAUCUGCCACCAGGAGCCCAGGAACAACGAAGUUGCCAUCAACCCUGGCGAGGAGAUCUCUGAGGUCAUCCCCAUGGAAGUGGUGGAAGUGGUGGAGCAGGAGACAAGCGCUUAAAUGUGAAGCCAAUAGAGCAUCGUGAUCUCUGAGCCUCCAUGUCCUGGGAGAAAAACCAACCUAGUGUUUAAAGUGAUCCCCAUCCUCCCAGGAGCCAAACAUGUCAUCUGUGAAGAAUCAUUAAGUAAUUUUGUCCAUAGUGAAGCUGAAGAAUACUCUUGGUACUAUUGCCAUGGGAGACAGGCUAGGAAUGGAGUCUCCCACUGCAACACUUGUGAAUCCCAUCUUCCAUCCAGUGCUGAAAUGCAGGUGUAAUGCAUGCAAAGUAUCCAAGACAAACACAGUCGAAUUGACCUAGUUCAGAUACAGGGUGCUCCUUGUUAAUCUUGAGCCAUUUAUACCUUUAAAAACGAAAAUCACUGUCAAAAUCUUUUCUUUUUAACUCUAAAAUUUGAAUUAGACUAUUUCUGUAUUUGGCUAUGGAUCUGAUUUUUAAUUUUUUUAUUUCAAUCGAUUCUGAUAUUACUCAGAUGUUGUGCCAUCCACAAAUUACGACGUGACCUCUACACGGCCAAGUGGCUUUCUCACAUGGGGACGACUAGGAACGUGCAAAGGAAGAUGUAAUGCUUUGAAUGAAAAAGAAAUUGAGUCGAUUUGCUUGAAACAUUAGAUGGGCCAAUUUGUUAACUGGC